CACAGGCGGUUCAAAUACCUUACGACCUAUCGUCGAAAAAUAAACAGAAGCAAAGAAGGAACGGGGAAAAGGGUUUUUCGAUCCAUAUCAUUGCACAUUUUGGCUUCAAACACGGCUUAGCAUAACCGGUGGACAAGUAUUUAUUGUAUAGCUUUGCUUGGAUUUUUCAUGGCCAUGAACGACGCAUUAAUUUUCCGAGUUAGUGCAUUCUCCGAGCAAGGGGGAAGGAGAUACAUGGAGGAUGUUAUUGAGUUUAAAGUGGAGUACGAACCGCCUGAACCAGAGCCAGCAGAGGGUGGUCUGAAUUCGGUAGAACAACAAGGGGAGUCAAAAGUAGAGAAACAGGAGAAUGGUCAUACUGAGCAGACCAUAAUAAGCAAUUCCCCCGAAAACGUUAAAGAAUCGGUGCCUGUUAGUGCAAUGUGGACAGAAAACAUAACAUGUGAGAAGCAUGGUGACAUUUCCCAGGCAGAAGUUCCAGCAGUGCACACGGUCGUUCGGAAGUCUGUGGCGUUUUUUGGUGUAUUUGACGGUCACGGAGGGCGAGAAGCUGCUCAUUUUGCCCGAGACAAUCUGUGGGGUAUUCUGAAAAAGCAAAGGGGGUUUUGGUCAGAAGAUCAAGGAGAAGUCUGUGAAGCAAUUCGAAAGGGGUUCAUUGCCUGCCACCAUGAUAUGUGGAAAGAGCUACCUGAGUGGCCCAAGACUCUGACCGGCCAGCCCAGUACUGCAGGAACAACGGCCAGUAUAGUGCUGAUCCGGGGGGAUCUGAUGUACGUAGCCCAUGUGGGGGACUCGGCAGUGGUUGUUGGGGUGAAAGAGCCUGGUGAAAAGAACAUCAGGGCCUUGGAAGUCACACAGGACCACAAACCUGAACUUCCCAAAGAGAAGGAGCGCAUUGAGAGACUUGGGGGCAGUGUAGUGAAGAAGUCCGGGGUGAACCGUGUGGUGUGGAAGAGGCCCAGACUGACCCACAAUGGCCCUGUCAGGAGGAGCACCGUCAUAGACCAGAUUCCCUUUCUUGCUGUGGCCAGAGCUUUGGGGGACCUAUGGAGCUAUGACUUCUACAGUGGGGAGUUUGUGGUCUCUCCAGAGCCUGAUGUCACUGUAAUGACCAUUGACCCUAAGAAGCACCGCUACAUCAUCCUGGGUAGUGAUGGCUUGUGGAACAUGAUGCCAGCUAAGGAUGCUGUCGCUAUGUGUGAGUGCCACGAUCAGAUGGUGGGCCCUAAGGGAUGGUCCUGUGCCAAACGGUUAGGAUGCACGGCCUUGCUGUUCUGGCGCCAGCGCAUGCUCCGUGCAGACAACACAACGGUCAUAGUGAUAACCGUGCAGCACCCUGAUGAGCCACCCAUGACCAUGCACCUACAGGAGCUCUAUGUCAAUAUGGCAGAGGGCCUUGAUAAGAUCCCCCCCGUUACAACCGCAAACUCUCCCUGCCGUUACGACGGCCCCAUUAUGCAGAACCCAGAGGUUAACACUGUGUCCUCUGUGGGUGAGCCUCUCCCCCUCCCAGCUCUGGAGUGGAGGAAUAGCCUGUGUGAGGCUGGUCUCUGUCCCCCUUCAGAGCCCCUGGCAGAGGUGGACUCACAGAGAGUGACCCCAACCGACAGAACCUUGAACGUUUGUUCAAUUGAAGGCACAGGGAUUCCAGGGUUCUCAGCACCAUCCACCCCUCUGCUGAGGAGGCUUCGUAGGCCCCCACACACUCCCCUCUCCCCCAGCAUAGCACACCACAGCCUUGGUCGGUCCCCUCACAGUCCCUUGUCUCCCAGGAUGCCUCGCCGCAGCCUGGCCCGUUCUCCACGCAGUCCCUUGUCCCCUAGAACGUCUCGCCGCAGACUCUGUGACCGAACCCCUCUGAGGCGAGGUGGAAAGGGACAGAGACGCUCCCCCAAUGUUCCCGUCAUCCUACCACAGAAACGCAAGGCUGCCUUGUGUGUGUGCUGAACCUCAUCUUACCACGGACGACAGAUUGACUAGGAUGAUGACCUUUAUCAUUCUGCAAAGAGAUGCAUAAGGGCAUCUGAACAUUGUGUGCUCAUGUAUCAACAAUAUGCCACUGUUCCAUUCAUAGGUUAAGUAUACUUUUAUAGUAGAGUCUGGUACCAUCUAAACAUUUUUGUAAAAAUGUGAUUGUGUAUAUGCUUACUUUACAUCUUAAGUGUUUUUAUGAUAUUUAGUUUAUUAACUGUUUUUAAUGGAAAACAUAUUUUAUCUAGUGUAAAUUGCUGGUCAUAUUUCCACCCCCUUUUUAUGUUUAAAAUAAUAAUAAUAAUAAUAAAUCAAUAAAAUAUCCCAUAUUCUGUACCAAUAGAAAAAUAUUAUACUAAAUACUAUCAUAAUGAAUUGACUAUCCUGAACUAAACCACAGAGCCUGAAUGAAUUUGGUGAUAAACGCCACACCCUGUUUUAACUUACAUGCGGAGAUCAAGGUGUUUAGUUUCUAUCACUGGACAGGCGAAGAGCAGUCAGGAAUGCCAAAUAAGUGUUUUGAAUCGGGAGAGGGGGAUCCAUGGCGUUUUGAAUCGGGAGAGGGGGAUCCAUGGCGUUUUGAAUCGGGAGAUCAAUGGCGUUUUGAAUCGGGAGAGGGGGAUCCAUGGCGUUUUGAAUCGGGAGAGGGGGAUCCAUGGCGUUUUGAAUCGGGGGCUCCAUGGCGUUUUGAAUCGGGAGAGGGGGCUCCAUGGCGUUUUGAAUCGGGAGAGGGGGCUCCAUGGCGUUUUGAAUCGGGAGAGGGGGCUCCAUGGCGUUUUCAGAACUACAUGUGUUAAAUGAAGAAUAUCCAGAAUGUGCUACCUGCUAUGAAUACUUUAUAUAUCCCCAUAGUUGAUUGUUUCAAAUAGUUGAAUCUUUCCCUGGUUCCCCAUGAAUAGUUGGCCUUGCAUCAUUGUUCUCAUGUAUUGCUUUCAGCUAUCCACUGGAGGGCACCCACUGCAAGUGUAAAUGUGGUGUCAAGUAGUUUCAGUGCUGUGUGAUUUACUUUGCAAGUGUUCAAAUACCCCAUAUUUAUAAAGUAUAGUGGAUUUGAUCUCAUGAAAGUUAUGAUUGUUGUGUCAGUUUAAUGCCCUCUUGGAUUUCUGAAUCCAUAAAAGUGAUUAAUUAAAUCUCAAAACGAUUAACAAAUGUCACCUCGUUGGGAAGUUGGCCUUGCUUGUAUGAUGAGAUAUUUGGAGUUAAAAUAUUUGACUCAGCUAAAAUGUGUUUGACAAUUACCUUAAACUUCAAUCAGUCAAAUAGUGCUAUGUUUACAAAGCUGAGUUAUCAUAACCAGACAAGUGGAAUACACCUCUGAAAUACACUACAUGGCCAAAGGUAUGUGGACACCUGCUUGUCAAGCAUCUCAUUACAAAAUCAUGGGCAUUAAUAUGAAGUUGGGGGGACCGACUGGGUGUCCUUGAUUUGAGGACAACAUGAUCAGUCUUAGCUUGAAGAGACAAUACAUGGCCAAAAGUAUGUAGACAUCUGUUCGGACAUCUCGUUCCAAAUUCAUGGGCAUUAAUAUGGUCUCCCCUUUGCUGCUAUAACAGCCUCCACUCUUAUGGGAAGGCUUUCCACUAGAUGUUGGAACAUUGGUGCAGGGACUUGCUUCCAUUCAGCCACAAGAGCAUUAAUGAGGUCAGGCACUGAUGUUAGGCGAUUAGGCCUGUCUUGCAGUUGGUGUUCCAUUUCAUCCCAAAGGUGUGCAGUUGAGGUCAGGGCUCUGUGCAGGCCAGUCAAGUUGUUCCACACCGAUCUCGACAAACCAUUUAUGUAUGUAUGGACCUCGCUUUGUGCACGGGGGCAUUGUCAUGCUGAAACAGGAAGGAGCCUUCCCCAAACUUUUGCCACAAAGUUGGAAGCACAGAAUUGUCUAGAAUGUCAUUGUAUGCUGUAGCGAUAAGAUUUCCUUUCAUUGGAACUAAGGGCCCUAGCCCGAACCAUGAGAGACAGCCCCAGACCAUUAUUGCUCCUCCACCAAAUUGACAGUUGGCAGUAUGCAUUGGGACAGGUAUCAUUCUCCUGGCAUCCGCAAACCUAGAUUCAUCUGCCCGAUGGUGAAGCUUGAUUCAUCACUCCAGAAAAGGCAUUUCCACUGCUCCAGUCCAUCGGCAGCAAGCUUUACACCACUCCAGCCGACGCUUGGCAUUUUGCAUGGUGAUCUUAGCCUUGUGUGCGGCUGCUCGACCAUAGAAACCCAUUUCAUGAAUCACCCGACGAACAAUUAUUGUGCUGACGUUGCUUCUAGAGGCAGUUUGGAACUCGGUAGUGAGUGUUGCAACCGAGGACAGACCAUUUUUACGUGCUUCAGUACUCGGGGGUCUCGUUUUGUGAGUUUGUGUGGCCAUCACUUUGUGGCUGAGCUGUUGUUGUCCUCUGUUUCCACUUAGAAAUAACAGCUACUUACAGUUGAACGGGGCAGCUCUAGCAGGGCAGAAAUGUGAUGAACUGACUUGUUGGAAAGGUGGCAUCCUAUGACAGUGCCACGUUGAAGCUCGUCAGUAAGGACAUUUUACUGCCAAUGUUUGUCUAUAGAGAUUGCAAGGCUGUGUACUUGAUUCUAUACACCUGUUUGCAACGGGUGUGGCUGAAAUAGCAGAAUCCACUAAUAUGAAAGGCUGUCCACAUACUUUUGUGUAUAUAUAUGGUGUAUGAUGCCAUAUUUAGUGCACCCAUGGCUCACUGGAUUUACAAAUCGGGUAAUUGCACAUUUGCAGCACAGAUAAAUGUUCUUACACCAACCAGCGUGGUACCAUUGACACUGCAGAAUAAUGUCGAUCUUGUACAGGCAUAGAUUAAUACAAUUAUGUGUUAUUUUGAAAACAGAAAAAUAUCUUCCAUAGCAUUGAAGUGCUUUUGUAAAUAUGAUUUUAUUUGUACAGUAUAUUAUGCAAAACCAGGCAUUGGGUUUUACAUGAAUGUGGCAUGAUCAGCUCUGUUUGUGGUGAAGUGUAUUAAGGGAUGGCUUUAUUCAUAGAAAUGAUUAUUUGCUAGAUAAAUUACAUAGAAAUGUCCACUUUACAUCCAUUACAGUGAUAAUCAAUGUAUGUCUUGAUGUCAAACUGCAAUACCUGCCUUGAAUGUGACUAAAUAAGUGUGUUGAAUAAAUACGUUGUCAUUUCAAAUUAA